GGGGGGGCUGGGCACGUCCCUGGGCACCCAGGAGGUCCCCGCAGACGUGAGCUGCUGGGGUGAAGGGUUCCGGGGCCUUGGAGGGUGGUGAGGGCAGCCCAGGGCUGGAGUGUUCACAGGGGGCCGUGCCUCGGCCUUGGGGCUCCCCCACGCCCCGCGGGCUCCUGGGCUCCUGGCGCACGCGUUUGAGUGUGUAAGUUGUUCUGGCUUCAAGGACUCGCCGCCCCCCAAAGGCUUGCCUAGUCAGCAGAAGGGGGCACCGUCCUCCUUAGCCCUGGUUCGGCCCCUCCUUGGGAGCCGUGGCGAGUCGGUGUCUGGUAAUGUCGGGGUGCAGCUGCUUUACCCGGCAGCCUGCACAGACAGCACCCCUAGUGCCAUGGGUUCCCGUCAGUUGGGGGGAGUGGCCCGCCCGGUCCCUCAGCAGGGCGGCCUCGGAGCCCACGCCGUGGCGGGUGCCAGAUAAGUGCGCUCGCGCAGCUUGGCCCCUGCCCCUGGGCUGCGGCCGUGUGACCAGGCACAUGGGCUUCCGGCUUCCGGGGCUGUGCAGCAGCUCUGUGCACGGGCCCUCGGGUGCCACAGGGCCCCCUGUCCCUGCACAGGGGUGGGCCUUCGUCCUCACGUCAGGUGUUCUAGACAUUUGAUGGGGGUGACUUCAUCUCCCCGAAUUUGUCUCCUCUGUGAUGCAAUUCCAGGGCCUCUGAUGGUACCUCGGAGCGACCAAGGCUGUCUCCCCCUUCCUGGUCCCAGCACGGACAGCCAGACCCUGCCUGGUGCGCCUGAGCACACGUGGUCUCCCUGUUAACUUCCAGAAAGAAAAGGGCCCAGAGCCCCUGCUGCUCAUGUCCCCCGCUCGCCCUCCUGCCGCUACGGCAGAGGGACCCUCAGGAGAGGGUACCGCUGGAUACCCAGCCCCCGGCCCUCUGCCUCCCCGUCCCACAGAGAUUGAGGGUCCCCGCAGGCCAAGCAGCUGUGCCAAGGUAUGGAGCCCCUCCCCAGCAAGGACAGACAGGGCCCUCCCACCUAGCUCGUGCUUGUCCUCGGAGGCCCGACCUCAGGGCUCUGCUUCCGGAAGCUCUGGGGGUUUCCCGUGCCCACUGACACCUGAGAAGACGUUUGGAGUCCAGCCUUGCACCCUGACUCCCCUGGACGUGCUGGCUGGAGGGGAGGCAAGAGGCGUAGACACCUCCUCUGGGGCCACCAGUUUGCCAGGGCCCUGAGCGCAGAGUGAUGUCCACAGGCCGGCGGCUGCCUCCUGGAGGCAGGGGCCUCGGCUAGCCUGAGGGUCCCCAGCCCGGGGGCCCCGGGGCAGCAGCUCUUCCUGAGGAGUGUUUACCAUCACCAGCCAGCCUCUGCCCUCUCCAGAAGCUGCAAGGCCACGCACGUGGUAGGGAGCAUUCUCCAGGCACACGGUGGUUUGCAUUGGCUACGUCCUGUGUGCCCUGCUGAGGACCACAGGCACAGGAUGGGUGGCAGGUGUCCUUUACCUCUCCCUUGGGCCUCCCCCCACGUGCUGGGCCAGGGGCAGCCCCUGGAGCUGUGGUUGCAGAAAGGCCCUCCGGUGAGGCUGAGAGCUGGCACUAGGGCCCUGGGGUCAGGUCCUUUGCCUGAGGACUGCGGGCUUUCUGGGGGACCUUUCAGUCACUCAUUCACGCUGCAAACAUCCCGAGCACAUCGUGCCAGGCACCCAGGCCCAGAGGAGUACAGCAGCCCUGAGCCUUCCUGGGGGGUGCUGCGUGGGCCCGGAGAGGAAGGGGCUCCUACGGGGAGCUGAUGGGGCCCAGGUCUUGAACCAAGAACCCACUGAAGGGACAAGGGGCCCUUCCGAGUGCCCACACAUGUCCCUGCUGCUCUUGCACCUGAGGGCCUGGGCGGAGAUUCAGGGACACCUCCCCACCCCCACCUCCGCGCUCCAGGCUCAGCUGUCCCAAUCUGGGGUGGCUUGGAGUGAGACUUUUCUCUCCGUGGUCAGGUCAGAGGAGGACCCUCUGUUAGCCAUGGUGAUUUUCAGCCUGAACUUCGUGAGUCCCUCACCCCCGGUUUAGGCCACCGCCAGGGACCCACGAAGGCCAGGCAGGCUCACUGACGGCCCGUGGAUGCCACGGCCUGGCUGGGCGUCUGGGCCUAGCCGGCAGGCAGGCAGGACUGGGGCCUGUCCAGCAGGUGUGAUGGGCUCUUACUGAUAAACCGUGUGAGUUUUGUCUUGUAAUUUUGAAUGUUGAUGCCUUUAGUGAUGCCUUUAGUUCUCUCCAUAGGCCUCACGGCUCCCACGGCCCUGGUGUCCUGCCCUGGCUGACCCUCCUGCUGCUGACCUCUGCUGGCCAGCCCCAGGGGGCACUGCAGCCCAACCCCAGCCUGGCUCUCAAGCCCUCCUUUCUGACCACCCCCCCAGGGACAGUCACGCUGUCUGUCACUGCCCCGUCCCCUGUGCUCCGGCCGCACCAGCCUUGCUGCCACUGUGGGGCUGCUUCUUGCGGGCAGCGCCCCCUGCCUUCCUGGGGAUCCAGGCCGGUUCCCCUCGUCUGGGUGCAGAGUUCACCGUUGUCCUGCGGUACCUUCCCAGCCCUGCUGGCGACCCGCGGCCCUGGCCCUUGAGACCUUGAGAUGGAUGAGCCUCCGUCAAGCCCUGGAAAAGACCCGCUGAGAGAGGGUGCCUCCAGCAUGGCGGCGGCCGAGGUGCCCGGCUACCUCGUGUCCCCGCAGACGGAGAAGCACCGGCGAGCCCGCAACUGGACGGACGCCGAGAUGCGCGGCCUCAUGCUCGUCUGGGAGGAGUUCUUCGACGAGCUGAAGCAGACCAAACGCAACGCCAAGGUGUACGAGAAGAUGGCCAGCAAGCUGCUGGAGAUGACGGGGGAGCGCCGGCUGGGCGAGGAGAUCAAGAUCAAGAUCACCAACAUGACCUUCCAGUACAGGAAAUUAAAAUGCAUGACAGAUAGCGAGUCCGUCCCGCCCGACUGGCCCUAUUACCUAGCCAUUGAUAGGAUUCUGGCCAAGGUCCCCGAGUCCUGUGAUGGCAAACUGCCGGACAGCCAGCAGCCGGGGCCCUCCACGUCCCAGACCGAGGCGUCCCUGUCGCCGUCUGCUAAAUCCACCCCUCUGUACUUACCGUAUAACCAGUGCUCCUACGAAGGCCGCUUCCAGGAUGAUCGCUCCGACACCUCCUCCAGCUUACUGUCCCUUAAGUUCAGGUCGGACGCGCGGCCCGGGAAGAAGCGCAAGGUGCAGAACUGCCACCUGCGGAAGAAGAAGCUGCGGCUGCUGGAGGCCAUGCUGGAGGAGCAGCGCCGGCUGAGCCGCGCCGUGGAGGACGCGUGCCAGGAGGUGCGCCGCGUGCUGGACCGCCAGAACCUGCUGCAGGUGCAGGGCCUACAGCUGCAGGAGCGCAUGAUGAGCCUGCUGGAGAAGAUGAUCGCCAAGUCCGGCGUCUAGGCCGCCCGGCCCGCGGGGAGCGCCCCGGGGCUGCCCCUGGCUCGGCCG